UUUGCAGUAUUUAUAUUCGCAUACAUAAAAGAAAAAUUUCACCGCAUAAUGCCUCAUGAACAUCUAUUGUUUGCUUGCCCGAUGCGGCGGGGCUUAAUGAGGCUCUAGCACCUGCAACGAGCCCGGUUGAGGAACAACUGGCACUCUUUGUGGUUAUAUGCACACCAGCGGCGUGGGGUGCAAGCUGAUCCAAUCUUUAAAAGAUACCAGGGAGAUGAAAGACUGUCAAGGAGAUCGAUGAAAGUGUUGGGGGGAAGUGUCAUAGGCGGGUGACAAAUGCGAGGCCAAGGAAUGCGAAAGGGGUAGGGAGGAAAAAAUUCAUGUGAUGACAGGCGCCACAGAACGCAACUCGGGACUUUUCCACCUGCCACCGUGGAAGUGGCUGCGGGAUCCAGAGAGCCAGGCGGGUAAAGAUGCUGGGAGAUAGAGAUACAGUGGGGGAGGUGGGGGUGUGGCUAUUCCUGAGUGCAGAUCAACCGGUCGAACCACCCUGUGAGUCCGUGAGUUCGCGCUCAGUUUCCGAGCGCCACGCUGACUCUUGCUGCAAACUUGUAAUUUGGCAAUACGGCGAUUACAAGGGUCCUUAGAGUCAACUCCAUGAUCAUAGGUCCAGGACAAUGGGCUUUUGUAGUUGGGGUGGCCGAGGGCUCGGCCUUAAUAGGAACAAAAGCAGUGGUGGCAGCCUUUUACUUUUCAAACAUUUUGGAAAGACUUACCGUCUAUGUUUUCAGGGAGGUUGGCGUCAAUUCCGGGCCUUUUGGCCCAACAAUCUUCUCUCAUGGCAUCUUCUCGCACAAUUCUGAUACAUCUUUGACACCCAGUUCCACCCACUGACACCUAUCUGUCAUCCUGGAAUCCUGGAAUCCACCUGACAUCCUGGAAUUC